AUGGCAGCCACCAGUGCCAGAAAGUCCACCAAUCCUUUUGAUGAUGUUGACGAGCCUGAAAAUCCAUUUUGGGAUGAACAUGUUCCAGGCAAUCCAGAGAUUGAGGAGGCUGUGGCUGAAUUGAACCUUGGUGUUCUUGAUCUAACAUCGGAUGAGUUCAUCUUGGAUGAAGUAGACAUUCACAUCCAGCAGAACCUGGAGGAUGAAGUGGUCAAGGCAGCUUUGGAAUCGGGUGUGGAUCUGAGGCAGUACUCCAAACAGAUUGAAGCUGAACUUCAGGAAGUGGAAAAUGCCUCGAUCGAUGAUUAUAUCAAGGAAAGCCAAAACAUUGCCAGUCUGCAUAACCAAAUAACAGCAUGUGAUACCAUCCUAGAGAGGAUGGAACAGAUGCUGAAUGGUUUCCAAUCAGACCUUGGCAGUCUGAGUGCCGAGAUACAGACCUUGCAGGAGCAGUCCAUCGCAAUGAAUGUCAAACUUAAAAACAGGCAAGCAGUGAGAGGUGAACUCAGCCAGUUUGUGGAUGAGAUGGCUGUCAACGAGCGAAUGAUCAACAUUGUUUUAGAUGCCCCUGUCACAGAGAGACAGUUUCUGGAGCAGCUCCAUGAACUGAACCACAAGAUACGUUUCGUCAAGGAGCAGGCAUUCAAAGAUGCCUUGUCCUGUCGUGAUGUAGAGGACAUUUUGGAAAAACUAAAACUCAAGGCAAUCUUCAAGAUUCGAGAGUUCAUACUUCAAAAGGUAAAUCAGAUGAAGAAGCCCAUGACAAACUACCAGCUUCAGCAGAAUGCAAUGCUUAAAUCAAGAUUCUUUUACGAGUUUCUGCUGGCCAAUGAGAGACAUGUAGCUAAGGAAGUCCGGGAUGAGUAUGUGGACACCAUGAGUAAAGUUUACUUCUCUUACUUCAAGGGCUAUAUCAACAGACUGAUGAAGUUACAGUACGAUGAAGUGGCAGACAAGGAUGAUCUGAUGGGUGUGGAAGACACAGCUAAGAGAGGACUUUUUUCAUCGAAGCCGUCUCUCAAGAAUCGUUCCACAGUUUUCACGAUUGGUAACCGUGGUAACAUUCUAACAUCAGGAUUAGAAGCCUCAAUCAUCCUCCCCCAUGCUGCCCAGAAGGAUGACACUAAGCAUACCUUCGAGAGCUUGUUCCGCAGCCAGCACUUUGCCCUGUUGGAUAACUGCUGUCGAGAGUAUCUCUUUGUCUGUGAUUUCUUCAUGGUGAGUGGAAGCAACGCGCAGGAUCUCUUCACCAAUAUCCUUGGAAAGACACUAUCAAUGUUUUUGAAACAUAUGGACACAUACACCAAUGAGUGUUAUGACUCAAUAGCAGUAUUCCUCUGUAUUCAUAUCAUCCAACGCUACAGGGUACUCAUGCACAAGAGGUCUGUUCCUGCAUUAGACAAAUAUUGGGAGACGCUUCUUGAGAUGUUAUGGCCGAGAUUCAAAUUGAUUGUAGAACUCAACGUCCAAAGUAUUCACGAAAUGGACCCACAAAAACUAGGCUCCAUUGAUGUCAGGCCGCACUAUAUUACCCGUCGGUAUGCAGAGUACUCCGGUGCGAUUGUCAACCUGAAUGAAACGUUCCCGGAUGAACGUGUGAACAGGCUUCUGCUGAAGCUACAGUCUGAAGUGGAGAAUUUCAUCCUGAGAAUGGCCGCCGAGUUCCCUUCGAGGAAGGAACAGCUUAUCUUUCUUAUUAACAACUACGACAUGAUGCUCAAUGUCAUAACUGAGUGUACGUCCGAAGAUUCCAGGGAGGCUGAGAGCUUCCGACAGCUCCUGGAUGCCAGGACGCAGGAGUUCAUCGAGGAGGUUCUCGCACCUCACUUUGGAGGGAUGAUGUCGUUCGUGAAAGACGCGGAGAAUCGCAUCGAGAGAGGACAAGCAGACCAUCUCAAGACCCAAGAACGUCAUGUUGAGCAGUUGGUUAGAGGAUUCUCCUCAGGGUGGAAGCAGGCCAUCGAGCUGAUCAACCAAGAAAUCAUGAGAUCAUUCACCAACUUCAAAAAUGGCACAAGUAUUUUACAAGGCGCCCUCACACAACUCAUUCAGUACUAUCACCGGUUUCAGAAGGUGUUAUCUCAGAACCCCUUCAAAGCUCUGAGCGUCAGAGGAGAACUCAUCAACAUUCACCAUCUCAUGGUGGAAGUGAAGAAGCACAAACCGGCGUUCUAGAUCAAGUGGCUUUACCUAGAAAGACGAAAUAGAUUGUAUGUUGAUUGUAACUGAGUCUUUGGCUUAAACUUGUACAAAAACCUACAAUCAGCUUUAUUAACCCCCCCCCCUGGCUUACACAUAGGCAUCUCUGAGAAUUUUGUACAGUUCAAAAUUUGAGUUGUUCAUAAAAUAUGGGAUAAAGAUACAAUGUAGAUUUUGUACAGAUCAAAUAAAUUACUAGUAUGUCCAAGUAGAGGCUCUGUUUUGUGAAACAAAAACAUUACACAUUAGACCUCGCUACUCAAUAGUCGAUGGAUUAUUUUGGACUAAUUUGUUAAUAACCGCUUUUUAUGAAAAGAAAGAAUGCACAGCUCUAUAAAAAGGAAACAUUCUUCAUCCUUCAUCAACUGGGCGUUGUGGCGUGCGCCUGUAAUCCAAGCUGUGGGGAAGUUACAAAUUGAUGCAGAGGUUCGAGCCCUGGU